GCCUUUUUCCUUGUCCCAUCAUUUGGCGUUAGGCCUCCCUCAAGAUUCAAGCUUCACGUCGCUCACGUCCAUUCAUGCAGGCAUACAACAGGAUACCAGCGCCACCACUCGCCGGACCGUCCAAGCGCUAUCCUCUCAACGUCGUCAACAACUACGUUACCGGCCCGCCAGCUUCACCACCAAAACCCGCUGAGAAACAAAAACAGCCAGCAUCACCUCCUUUGCCUCGCCAGAACAGUAAAACUGCGCCGCCAUCACCACCAAAGGUCAUUUCCGACAGCAAGAACAAUAGGAUAUAUCACCGAUUGGACUUUUUGGGAGAGGGUGGAUUUGCUCGAGUAUACGAAGUGAAAGAUGUUCGAGGAUCCAAAUGGGCAUGCAAGGUAGUCACCAAGAGUUCUCUCAAAACCAAGAAAGCGAAAACCAAGCUGUAUGCCGAAAUCAAAAUCCACAGAUCCCUCGAACAUCCGAACAUUGUCGCGUUUAUAGACUGUUUCGAAGACGACGAAAACGUCUACAUGACUCUUGAACUCUGCCUGGGUGGGUCCCUCAUGGACCUCCUACGCAGACGCAGACGCUUCACUGAGCCUGAAACCCGGUUCUUCAUGGUACAAAUCCUCGGCGCUUGUCAUUACAUGCAUACCCAUCAGGUCAUCCACCGGGACCUCAAACUCGGCAACAUAUUCCUAGACGCCAAUAUGAACAUCAAAGUGGGCGAUUUUGGUCUUGCCGCCCUCAUCGAGAACGAAGGUGAACGUAAGAAGACGAUAUGUGGAACACCGAACUAUAUCGCACCAGAGGUCCUGUUCGACACCGCGAAUGGUCAUAGCUUCGAAGUCGACACAUGGUCUACAGGCGUCAUCCUGUACACUCUUGUCGUGGGACGUCCCCCUUUCCAGACAAAGGAAGUGAAAGGAAUUUACAACCGCAUCAAAGAGAAUGACUACGAUUUCCCUCCGGAACGUCCAGUGUCAUCCGAGGCCAGAGACCUUAUCACAAGCAUCCUCGCGCCUGACCCACAGCUUCGCCCAACCGUCCACGAAAUCGUCGCUCACCCCUUCUUCAGCGAGGGUACUUUCCCGCCUUAUAUCCCCAUCUCUGCAAACGAGACCAUCCCUACCUUCCAGCAUAUCAAUCGUGCGUCAAGUGAUGCCAACUAUAGGCGUGUCAAGCGCAGGGCUCUUUUAGAUGAUGACCAAGUGACGUCCAUCGCUCUUCCUAAAUCGCAGGUCUCCACGACCUCCUCUGGCGCAAUGAAGAGCGUUACUACGAGCAUCGCUCAGCAGGAAAAAGAAUUCCAAAAAGCUGUUCAGCCCGGCUCCCCCAUUUCUGCCUUGCUAAGUUCUGCAAGGCAGCCGCUCUUGAUGACUACUGCUGCCGGCAACGGUGCGAAGGAGUCGCCCUUGAUGAGAAAGCUGCAAGCAGCCUCAAAACAAGCUUCGCCUCUUGGACCCCAUAAAGGACGAGGUGUCGUUGGUGGUGCAGCUGGCAGAGGUUUGCAGGGUAUUAGAGAGGAGGACGAUGAGCAACUGCAGCGGGACAAGGCAAAGAGGAAGGAGGUCGAGGCCAUGAAAACCCGGAUUGUGGUUCAAAUGGCUGAGCCCAAGGAGGAAGACACCGAGGACGAGAGGGAGAAUAUGCCACCUGUCAAGAAUGAGGUGCGGAAGCGCAAGGACGCGGAUGUCAGAGAGGACAGACUACAACGAGACGGAGAAGUAAAACUGACUGGGCAAGAGCUAAAAACUAGGCUCACUGGCUUUGAUGGUGCUGCCCAUGUUCUCUCGCUUGCUUUUGAUGCAAAGGAACGAGGGAAAUUAUUUCGUGACCCUAGAGAAGAUCCACAGCUUCCUCUUCCUGAGGAACGUGUGUUCAUCGUUUCCUGGGUAGAUUACUGCAACAAGUAUGGCAUGGGCUAUGCUCUAACCGAUGGUAGCGUCGGCGUUCAUUUCAAUGACACAACAAGCCUUGUCCUGAGUGCUGACAAACGGCACUUUGACUACUUGGCCGCAAGAAAGCAGGGGGUCAUCUUUGUGAAAAAGUCAUACACUGUUGACGAUUAUCCAGACGACUUGAAGAACAAGGUAUAUCUGCUCAAACAUUUCGAGCGGUAUAUCAUGGAACGUCUAUAUGGGGAGUAUGAGUACACGUUUGAGGACGUGGACAAGACGAAGGGCAUGGACUGGGUGCAGAAGUACCUGAGGAUGAAACAUGUCAUCGUCUUCAAGAUGAGUCACGAUGUAUUACAAUUCAACUUUUACGACCACUCGAAGAUCAUUCUAUCUUCGCACGGACUACUGGUGACGCAUAUCGAUAAACACUAUAAGAUGACGCGCUGGACGUUGAGCGAUAUCAUGGCUACCGCGUUGAAGUCGGAGGCUGGCGAUAUCGACGAGGCGGAAGCAAAGUUCAACGGGAAGCUAGUCGACAAGUUGAGGUAUUGCCGAGAGGUGCUGGUCAACAUCAAGACGGCGAGUGGCGUGGAUGAGGGUGUGAAGGAGACCCUGAUGAAGAGAACAUCUAAGAUUUCGUUGCGGUGAGGAGAAAUUGCCCAUGACGAUGCUAGGUCGUCAAAAUCAACUCGGAAUGGAAGUUGCACUUUUGUUUUUUUGCUAUUUUUGACACACAGGUGUAUGCAUACCCUUCGGACAACGAAUGUCUACAUUUUUCUCAUGAUAACGCCUCAGAUGCAUUUACUUACGGAGUAGCAUACACAGUAUAUUUAUGAAGGCUUGAAGUAGUUCAGGCCUUGACAACGCUUGUAUAUCCAUCGAAGACAUAACAUAAUAAAUGACCUUUACAGAACUUGCACC